AAGUUCUUUGACGUUGGUGCUGUUCAAAGCUCAUUUUCCGGCUGAUUUUACCCCGGCAAGUACUAGUGGUGCUAAAACGGCUACAAAUGCUAGGAUGUCUGAUACACGCUAUUCUGAUUUUUCGCUUCGCAUGAAUCAUUUUACCUCUUGAUGUUGAGCAAACUUAGUUUUAUAUUCAUUGGUCAUUAGUUUUAUCUCCAAAUGCUGAUAUGUAUGUAUGUAUAUACGGAAAUCCAUAUGUCGGCAGCGGGUGAUGUACUCAAUGUAUUUAAUAAGAAGCUCUUGAAUUACGAUAUCACUUACAGUAUUUUGUUGCAAUUUGUUCUGGCCGUAGUUCAACAACCGUCGCCCUUUUAAUUUAUGGUCAAUAAAAAAUAUUUUUGUCGUUUAUUAAAUGAUUGGCUUUUGUUGUUAUUGCUACCCGAUUUUUGUUAUUUCCAACGUUGGUGCUAGGCAGUGCGUUUUAAAUAUAGUAAAAGUUCAAAGUACAUCCCUCGUAGUGAAACUAUUGGUUUAUCUAUCACAUAUUAGACAAAAUAUCUUUCCCCCUACAAAAAAAAUAUUCACGUUCUUGUCCAUAUGUUUGUUUUUAGAUAGUAAUUCAUACGUGCAUAAGAUUAUGACUAUUAAUCAGAUAAGAUGCUCGUCUGUACAUUAGUUAAAUUUGCUCAAACUAAAUAAAUACAUACAUAUCUUAAUUUGUAUCUGAAUUUUCUGUUUUUUUUCCAGCGCUGCUUGCUUUCCCUUCCUGUCUCACUAUUCUUUCUGCAUCAGUACUCUACUGUCUACUGCUCACAACGCUUUUUUGUGUUAUCACUUAACUAAACACUUAACACUACUUUUCAACAUUUUCGAUCCACCUGCCUCUGUGAAAUAUUCGAAUCUUAAAUGUCACAACAUUCGAAGAAGGAUACGCCAACUAGCCGAAAUCGCAAACAGCAGCAGCAGCAGCAAAAUCAACAACAAAAUGCUGACAGUGUAAAACAAAAGCCGAAUGCUUCGGGCAACGCAAUUACUGCGCACAGAAAGUCUAAUGGCGGCACUCCUUGGACGAGUAGCGGCGCUUCGCCUUUUGGUGGCAGCAUCACAACAUCCACCUCUGCUCCGUCACUUAUACGCAAGAAAUCACAAUCCAAGUUGCAAAAAGAAAAGGAGCGCUCCGAACGAGAAGGGAUUGUGUUGUGGCGUCGACCCGUACAAACGGUGAGAUAUUGUGGCUUGGAGUUGGCCACGCUAGUGCAAACGAAUGGCAAGCGGUUACUUCAACAACGUGGUCUACUCGCUGCAAUCUUAGUUUUAGGUAUGAUCCUCAGCUUUAUUUGUUACCUGCCUGGCCCACACCAGAUAGUGUUGGACGUUAUACGACGCAAUACAUGGUUCAUCAUAUACUGGACUGGCUUAGGUGUUCUCUCUUCAGUAGGAUUGGGUACCGGAUUGCACACAUUUUUGUUGUAUCUGGGACCACAUAUAGCCAGCGUAACACUUGCUGCAUACGAAUGCAAUUCGUUAAAUUUUCCAAGGCCGCCAUAUCCAGAUGAUAUUAUCUGUCCGGAGGAGCCAUAUGCAAAGAAACUACCAAAUCUUUGGAUGAUAAUGAGUAAAGUGCGGAUGGAAGCGUUUCUCUGGGGUGCCGGUACUGNAGCAAUCAUCGCAAUG